AUGGGUUUGAACGCUAUCAACUACGCCGUCAGUGACGUUGCCUCUGCCGUUGACGGUGCCAUCGGCACUGCCACCUCUGCCAUUGCUGGUGCUGCCAACACCGGUGCUUCUGGCGCUGAAAGUGUCUUUGGCGUUGCCACCUCUGGUGCUGCUUCCGUGGCUGGCGUUGCCACCUCUGGUGCCGGUUCCGUGGCCGGUGCUGCCACUUCUGGUGCCAACUCCCUCGUUUCCCGUACUGGUUCUUCUGCCAUCAGUGCUGCUGCUUCUGCCACCUCCUCUGCUGUCAGUGGCUUGUCUUCUGCCCUUUCUUCUGCCAGCAGAAGUGCCUCUGCCUCGGGCUCUGGCUCCAGAUCUGCCUCCAGAUCUGGUUCUGCCUCCGGCUCUGCCACUUCUGGUGGUUCCAGAUCCUCCAGCAGUGCCAGAUCUUCCAGCAGCUCCAGUGCUUCUUCUUCUGCCUCCAACGGUGCCUCGCCAGCUCACUUCGAGUCCGGCUCCUGGAAGAAGGCAGUGGCUGUUGCCGGAAUUGUGGGUGUUUCUUUCAUCUUCAACGUUAUGUAA